AGAGCGGCAGUAGAGUUGCGCGCCCUUGUGGAUCAGUGACCAUACAGCGGCUCGUCUUUUGUUCACCCCGAAAUGGACGAACUCUCAGUGGAUUUAAACUGCGCCGUUGUCCCGUUCCGCCCGUGAGAAGGGCGUGGCGGCUCCGCUGUUGCCCCGUGGAUCAUCACGCGGAUAUUUCUCGGGUGUGUUUACAUCAGAGUUGCAGAGGUCAGGGGCACGAUGCUGCUCUCCCUCUCCCACAGCAUGGAUCUGCCGGCGAAGCUCCACCUGCAGCAAGCCAAAGUGGAGAAGCAGCCAUUCGAGAAGCUGUACCGGCUGGACACGGUUCUCGGUACCGGAGGGUUCGGCACCGUCUACUCUGCUGUCCGCCUGGCCGACGGGCUGCCGGUGGCGGCAAAACAUGUGUGCAGGGACAGAGUGACCGAAUGGGGCACCUUGUGUGGCGCUGUGGUUCCCCUGGAGAUUGUGCUCUUGCAGAAAGUGGGUGGGGCCUUUGGCGGCGUGGUGCAUCUGCUGGACUGGUGGGAGCGGGUCGACGGCUGGUUAAUGGUGAUGGAGCGUCCCGAGUCAGCACAGGACCUUUUUGAUUACAUCACGGAGCGUGGCGCGCUGGAUGAGGCGGAGGCCCGUGGCUUCUUCCUGCAGGUGCUGGAGGCGGUGCGUCACUGCUACACUUGCAGUGUUGUCCACCGAGACAUCAAAGAUGAAAAUCUCCUGGUAGACCUCAGAACCGGACAGAUAAAACUUAUCGACUUCGGCUCUGGGGCCCUCCUCAAAGAAACCGCCUACACAGACUUUGAUGGUACACGGGUGUACAGUCCUCCGGAGUGGAUCCGGUUCCGCCGGUACCAUGGCCGCUCGGCCACCGUGUGGUCGCUUGGCGUGCUGCUGUACGAUAUGGUGUGUGGGGAUAUCCCCUUCGAACAGGACGAGGAGAUCUUGAGAGGACAGAUCUUCUUCAGACGCAAAAUCUCCACAGAGUGCCAGCAGCUGAUUGGUUGGUGUCUUAGCCAGCAACCAUCUAGCCGGCCAACCCUGGAGCAGAUCCUCCUCCACCCCUGGGUGACCAGCAGCGAUAGUCAGCAGACAGACGGCAACAUCACGUUUCACACUAUUACAGCUGACUCCUCAUCUCCCACAUCCUCUUCCUUGAGCCAGCAAAGCUCCUGAUUGGUCAGUGGGACGCUUCAAAGGGGCGCGACUUGGACUUGAUCAACUACUGUUUUCAGUUUCAGUUACCUCGUGAUCCUGGCGUUGCUGCUCCAAGGAAGUGUGGCGUAUUGAUGGAGCCACUCAUGGUCUCAGUUCAGGUUCCAGUUGACUGUUUGCUGCUCCACAGCACCCCCUCCUGAUCAAACCACAAAGCAGCUACUUUAGAUCCUUUUUUUCCACCCAGUGAUGCUGUUUGAGUGCCUUGACUUCAGAAGUUGCUGCGGGUGGAAUGGUGAGGGAAGUGUUCCAAAGAGUUUUCAUGGUUAGAAUGUGAGUUCACUGAAAAAUUCAUUCAGAUUAUUUUCCACUGAAAAAAACUUGACUUCGUAUUUCCGUAGCUACAAUGUGGGGUCUUAUUGCAACAACAGGACAAAGGUAGACACACCUAGAAUGUUGUAAUCAUUGAUUAGUCUAUAAAAUAUUCCAAAAAAAUGCUGAACACAUUUUCCUAACAAUGAGUCAAGAGUCCAAAUUUCGAAAUUGGACUGUGCAGUGAUAAAAGCAAAGCAGAAAUCUCAAGAGUGAAUGUGGACUCUUGCUUGAAACUUUACCUCAAUAAUAAAUCACAUCCACAUUGGGACUGAUAAUUUUGUAUUGACUAAUCAAUCAAUUUACUUUGUUGUUUCAGCCCUAGUUAUUUGUUGCAUCUCAAGUCCAAAGCGGUCUUUAAGGAAUAGUUUGACAGUUUGGAAAAUGUGAUUAUUUGCUUUUUGCCAAGUGAGAGGACUGAUGUUACUGACAUGGUUGUGCAGCAGAAAACAUGAAUCUAUUGCGAGCAGCCAGAACCAUCCAAACAGUUGGUAGUUCUACAGGGAGUUAUUUGCUUGACUAUUACUUGGCUGUUAGCAGUUUCCAGGCAGGUCCUGAACAAGAAAUGUUGUGGCUCAUAACCCCCUGUAAAAUGACGACAGACACCUAUUCUUCUGUUGUUAAAUUGCUGAAAGUGAUUUUGGACAUGUGCUCAAUGCACUUGUUCUAUUUGGUUGCUUAGGUUGUUAAAUUAGAGCCCAUAAUUAGUUAAUUUUCAAGUCUAGGAGGUGCUGGUUGUAACAUUUACCUGUAUAGGUGAGCGGUUUCCCCUCAAUUUCCAGACAACCAGCUGCUGGUGGUAGCCUCACACAUGGCUCAUCAGUCGUCUAUUAUAAGUAAGUGAACAAGCAUAUAUCCCCAAAAACGUUUCCAAAAACUUGUCUGUCCACCCACUUCACACCACCAAGGUGUGAGGUGAACUGGGAAAACAGUCCUCUCCUGCUGAUGUGGUGGAAUACUUGAUCACACACACAUGCGCCUCUGGUAGGCUGGGAUUCGUUGACUCAAUUUUGAUACCAAAAUAUGAUUUAUUUUUUUUAUACUUACAUUUUCUUCAUGUAAUAAACAUCCUUUCGUGUUAACUCUGUCUGAACAGAAACAGGCGAGAACAGCAGUGUGAAAUACAUCAGGAAAUGUCUGAUUAAAAGAAAUAAUUCUGACCCAGUCUUCUCAUCCUGCUGCUCUUCAGGUUAGCUUCAAGCUUAAGGGAGCAAGACUUCAUCGAAACAGAUUUGAUUGUGUUCUCUGUCUUUGUUUUAUUUCAGUCAAGCAGGUAUCAAUACAGUUAGAAAGUUUAAAGUGUUUUCCGUGUGAGUGCCACAGCAGAGACAUUUGUCUGUUAAACUAUUUUCACAAGGUUCCAUCACCUAUUGUUUUCUUUUUCUCUGUCUCGAUCUCUCUCUGGCUGGUGUCCCCGUCAGUUUGUCUGACUUACGUCCUGUAAACAUUACAUCCUCCAUCUUCUUUUUCACCCUUUGUCUUGGGGUGUAAAUGCAAUGUCAAUGCAAAUACUCAGUUUAUUUUAUAUUUUAAAUAUAGGUUUUGUUUUUUAUAUACAUAUUUUGUACAUUUUUUGCUUUUUUAUUUAUUUACUGAGACAUUCCUCAUAAUGUGUUUAUUUAUUUAUCUUCAGUUUUUUAUUUAAUGUUUUUGUAUUUGGUUUGAGCUACAGAACGUGGAUAAAGUCUAGGUCAGGUUUGAGGGUUCUCAUGUCAGGUUUAAAGGUUUGAACUUAUUCUCAUUUCAUGUUUUUGUUGAUGUUUUGAAUGUACAAUUUUGACAGGGAAAAGUAUUUUUUCAUGGAAUUUUGUCAAAUUAAACCUUUUGUAUAUAA